AUGUUCAAGUUCCACGUGGUUUGUGCCGUUCUGCUGGUCGUCUGCCUAGCCUGGACUAAAGCGUUACCAGUCAAGGAACAGGGCGUUGAGGAUUUAAUCGACAGACUGCAGCAAAUCAAACAGCUAAACGAUGCUUCACAAAUGGCACCAGGGACUGUCAGCAACAACAAAGCAACCGGUGAAAAGGAAAGAAGCCAUCUGGCAGCAAUAAAAACAAAACGAUCGCUCAACAACUCCGACCGGCGCACCCUGCUGUACCAAUACUACGCUCGCGGGUUGGCUCCGAUGUACGAUAAGCGAAACUUCGACGAAAUCGACCGGUACUCCAAGUUCAACGCCAAACGCAGCUUUGAACUCGCGGAUCUGGGCGAACGAAUGCACACUCCGAACAAACGCCAAUUCGACGAGAUUGACCGAUAUGCCAAUUUCAACAAUCGCCUGGGCCGCAGCAGUAUGGCCAACUACGUGAAGCGCAACUUCGACGAGAUCGAUCGGUACGGCAAGUUCAACAAGCGCCCCUUCCGGGACGGGGACAGCCUGGACGGCAACGUUUUCAGCCUGGACACCAGCCAGCUGGCGGACGAGAUGGGUGUCAUCAACGAGUAUGCCCAAUAGGAAAGCUCUAGCUCACACUCCCAAGCUACUACGAUGUAUGUAAUCACAAAGCAAAAAAUAAGAAAACAAAAAACAAAAAUUGAAACCAAAGGCAAAUUUUUACUAGCCAAGCUAAACAAGAGUUUAAUAAUUGAAUGAGUUGGAAUUUAGUUCAGUGAUUUGAUACGAACGGUAAUAGAUAGUGAAAAUUGUGUUAAUAAGCAGGAUAGGACAGGAUUUAAAAAAAAUGAAUGAAGUACACUAUAGUACUCGAUUAAAGCAUAAUGAUGGUGUCGAAAGUGUUCUACAAGGCUAUGGUUGGUUGAAUAAAAAUUGAAAUUUAAACAUUUGCAAAUAAUAAAGUUGAA